AUGACAAGGCUUGUCUUGGACCAUGGACUGAACAUUUUCUCAGGAAGCCUAGAUAUCGAGGAAGCCAUAAAUACUGCCGUCGGUAAAGCAAACUUCCCGUUGUUCAAGCUCCUGCUGGACAGUGGAUUGUUGGAUUCUCCAUCUGCUUCUCCAGGAGAUCGAAACAUUCUGGGAAUUGAGAUACCCGCGCCCCCAGUGCCACAGAAAGAUACAAAUACCGAUGCGACCACUGUGAAUCUGCCAGCAGAUCACGGCGCAUACAGCGAACCGAUAACACCACCUCUAGUCACGUCGCCUCUUGAUCAUCUGUUCAUGAGCCAGGCUGUACCAGGCCCAGGAAAUACGGACAUUUUCGUUCGUUCUAUGCUGAGGGUCAUUGAUAGACAGACUAUUACGGAGGAAGAGUUCUUGCUUAAGCUUGGCGUGCUUCCUGAGAUUGACCCCCAGACGCAGUCGCUCGUAGUAGUUAUGCCGAAUACUACGCUAAGCGGAGCAGCAGAGACCUUCCAUAAAGUGAGUUGA